ACGUACCAGCGGGUGCGGGCCAACCGCCAGGUGCGCCUCCGGGCCAAGAAGCGGCGCUCGGGCCGCGGCGACGAAGGCAGCGGCCACACGUGCCCCGUCUGCGGAGAUCGAGUCAGCGCCGCCACGCCCGAGGACAUGCACGCCCACGUCGAGACUUGCCUGCGACGGUCUGGCGGAGUACUCUCUGGUCUCCUGCAGGGCGGUGGCGAAGACGAGGUGGUGGACGUGGAGGGCGACGGGCCCUACGAGGAGUACGAGUGGUGCGGCCAGCGCCGCGUCAGGGUCUCGUCGCUGCUCAGGCCGCAGACGCACGAGCACCACAGAGAGGGCGGCAGCGACCGCAGCGGGGACUCAGAGAUGGGCGGCGCGGGCGGCGUCCUGGAGGGCGGCGAGGCAGGCAGCGGCAGCCGCGUGGAGCCCAUGAGCGUGGAACUCGAGGCGCUCAAGGAGAAGGUCCGGGUGCUGGAGCGGGACGGCGCCGCGCCCUCCAAGUUCAUCUGUCUAGUGUGUCAGACGGAGUACGACAGACCGGCCGUGUCUGUGGUCUGUUGGCACGUGCUGUGCGAGGCGUGCUGGGCCCACACCUUGGGCGUGAAGAGCGAGUGCCCGCAGUGCUCCCAGAGCGUGUCGCCCGAGGACCUCCGCCCCAUCCACUUGUGACUACCAUCCCCGGCAUAGCAGAGCACCGCGCCCAGUUCUCUCCCCACACCCGUCGCCGCCGCCCCUCCCCGCCCCCCUCCCCUCCUCCGC